AGGGCUUCCGUAGCAGAGCACAUGACUGUGCAAAGGUUAUAUGUGUUCCCAAAGCUGAUGUAUAGACAGAGCAGAGUGUAACUUCAUCAGAGUCACAGCUCCAUCAUGUUUGCAUCUGCAGUUUUAUUCGUGCUGGCCGUUCUCCUCUUCCUGCUCCUCUUUCCGACCCACAGGUCCAAGAACUUCCCUCCGGGGCCCCGAGCGUUCCCCAUCUUGGGAAACUUGCUGGAGCUGAAUUUGGAGAGCCCCAUUGCAGAUUUUGAAAAGUUGGCCAAACGUUAUGGUAACGUCUACAGCCUUUUCAUUGGUCCCAGGCCUGUGGUCGUCCUCAACGGGCUACAAGCCAUGAAAGAAGCUCUGGUCAACAAAGCCGCUGACUUCUCUGGCAGACCUCAAGAUCUAAUGGUUAAUCGUGCUGUAAUCGUGAAAGCUCACGCUCCCGGAGUGGUUCUAGCAGAUUAUAACCCGGCCUGGAAAGAGCAGAGACGCUUUGGUCUGAUGACUCUGAGGAACUUUGGUCUGGGGAAACACUCCAUGGAGCAGAACAUCCUGGGACAGACACGUCGCAUAAUAAAAGUAUUGGAGCAGAGUGUUGGUGAGUCCAUGGAUCCCAAACUGUUGUUCCACAAUGCCGCCUCCAACAUCAUCUGCCAAGUUCUGUUUGCUAAGGAGUUCGACUACGAGGACGAGUUCAUGAAGUUUUUUGUUGGCCUUUUUCACGAGACGUCCAAAAUAAUCAACGGACGCUGGGGUAUGAUUUAUGAUUCAAUGCCCAUGGUGCGCAACCUGCCAUUGCCCUUCCAGAGAGCCUUUCAGCUGUUCAAGGCUUCACAUGAAAGACGUCUGGAGGUGCUGGCUGAGAACAAAAAGACCAGAGUUCCUUUUAAACCGCGGCAUUUCAUAGACUGCUACCUGGACGAACUGGAGAAGAGAGGAGACGAUGGUUCGUCCUUUUCUGAAGACCAGCUCUGUGCAUUUCUUUUGGAUCUUCACUUUGCUGGGACUGACACGACCGCCAACACGAUGCUCGCUGCCUUCCUCUAUCUCAUGAAUUAUCCACAGAUACAGGAGCGCUGCCAGCAGGAAAUAGACAAAGUUAUGGAUGGGAAGGACGAAGCCAAUUUUGAAGACAGACAUCAGAUGCCAUAUGUGCAGGCUGUCAUACAUGAGAUCCAGAGGAUGGCGAACACUGUUCCUCUCAGUGUUUUCCACUGCACCACUAAAGACACAGAAGUAAUGGGAUACUCCAUACCUAGGGGAACCACGAUAAUCCCCAAUCUGUCCUCGGUGCUGUCUGAGGAGGGACAGUGGAAAUCCCCUCAUGAAUUCGACCCUGAAAACUUCCUCAACGAGAAGGGAGAGUUUGUGAAGCCGGAGGCCUUCAUGCCUUUCUCCACAGGUCCUCGUAUGUGUCUCGGAGAAGGUCUGGCUCGUAUGGAGCUCUUCCUUAUCACGGUGACUCUGUUGAGGAGGUUCAAGUUCAUCUGGCCCGAGGAUGCAGGAAAGCCGGACUUCACUCCUCUUUUUGGAACGACCCAGACCCCCAAACCUUAUUCCAUGAAGGUCCAACUCAGAAACAAUGAACAAAAUUAAACUUGUUAAAGCUGCACUAAUCAAUAUUUUUUAUAUGAACGAUGGAUCAAACUGACUGUGAAUGUGCUUUUACCAGAGCCAGGUGUGAUGAUUAUUAUUGUAUGAUAUAUUAUAUAUCAGUUUUCCUUUGUUGUGAAUACAAAACUUAUAAAUUGUAUAACUUACUAACUUUGUCAAGUGCUAAACAAGGAAUGGUUAAUAAAGGAUGUUUUUAUGGGAACAGAGUGUCCACAAUAGAAAA